AUGCCAGAAUCUGGUGAUGAAGAACUACACCUACCCAUUCUUGGCCAGGAGUAUACACCUGGAAGACCGAUUGUUACCUACCAAUUCCUGGUAACCCAAAGAAUGACAAAGGCCGAUAUCCAAGGAAAGCUUAAGCAGUAUGGAAGGCCAGUGAGUGGUAACCAGAAGGAAGUAUUGCAGCGCCUUCGAGUGUUCUCUGAAGAUGAGAAGGAAUGGUUGAGCUUGUUCCAGCCAAAGCUAAAGCAAAAGCGGAGGGAACAUACCUCUCAUAAGACGUUGUCCUGCAAGCGGGUUGAGGAUACAUUUGGGGUAGAACCAGUUCAACAGACUCUUGAAGUGCUGGCAGACUUGGAGCUGACAGGGUCUGGUUCCCUACAUGAACAGGAGUCAUUUGCUGUUUGUAGUAUCAACAAUGCGACUGCUCAUGUCAUGGAUGUGAAGUCAUUGGUCUGCUGCUCUGCACUGUCUCUGGUUCAUGAAAACUACGUUAUUCCUCACCAAGCACAGCCCAUGGGUCCAGCUGCUCAUACAACUACUGCAGUACUACUGCUGUCAAGUCAGCAAGUCAGCUCACCUCAUUUGGAUUUUCAUGCCAUACCUCAACAGUUCAUCCCCUCAGCUAAGCUUGGAAUUGCUCUGCUUGGCGAUGAACAGUUUAAGUAUGACAAAACAUGGGUCCCAGAGCUGCCAACAAUUCACCUUUCAAAGGAUAUUGACAGGUUGUGUGAGGAGUGGGAGAGUUCAAACUUGCUCUGUGUGGGUGGUCGUGGAAUUCCUGUAAAAUACUGGGACACUGCUUCAUUCUGGCAUGUGUUCAUUGAUGGAAAUGGCAAGAGGUUUUCUUACCAGCAAAUCCUUAACUGUAUCAUGGAGCAGUGGACUUCAGCAGCAGCUCAAGAUGCAAAUAAUGCACACAUGUUUUUUGGUGGAGACCUCAACCAUCCAUUGGCUCAGGGUGCAUUCUGCUAUGCCAAAGGUAGCAAGAUGUAUCUAUUGAGCAAGGAUGAUGCUGUUGCAAAGAAGUGGCAUGAACUUCUCACCACACAGCCAGACAUCUUGAGUGCUACUCAAGCACUUUGA